UAUCACAUCAUAUUAUCUUCCUCUUUGCUUUAUUUCAAUGAGAACCAUGGCAUUGCAGCCUAAUCAUCUCGUGCCUUAUGGUAUUCUCCUCUUCAUCUGUUUUAUCUCAAGUGUCAUCUCUACAAACCAUGGAUGCAACAAAAUGGAUCAUGACUCUCUUCGGUCCUCUUUCGAUAUGCUUUCUCGUUUAAAUUGGUCUUCAAGUGAUUGUUGUCACUGGGAGGGCAUCACUUGUGAUGAGGAUGGUAGGGUAACAAGUUUAUUAUUACCCUCCAAAGGGAUCCAAGGAGGCAUUUCACCUUCACUUGGAAACCUAACACAUCUCUCCCACCUCAAUCUCUCCCAAAAUCAACUCUCCGGUCCUCUAGGGACUGGACUCUUUUCAUCCCUGAGUCACCUCGAGGUCCUUGAUUUGAGCUAUAACCAACUUUCGGGAGAGUUAGCCUCAAUACCAUCCAUUUAUAUUCGAGUGGUGGACUUGUCCAGCAAUCUAUUCAAUGGAACAACUCCAUCUUCAUUCCUAAAGCAUGCCUCGAAUUUGAGUAGUCUAAAUGUCAGCAACAAUCUCAUUAGUGGCCAAAUUCCAUCCACUAUCUGUCUUUCUUCUUCUUUGGUUAAAAUUUUGGAUUUCUCCAAAAAUGAAUUCAAUGGUAUGAUUCCUCUUGGGUUAGGGAACUGUUCGAAAUUGGAGGUCUUUCGUGCAGGGUUUAAUAGUCUCUCAGGGACCCUUCCUAGUGAUCUUUACAAUCCUCUAACCAUUCAGGAAAUUUCAUUGCCAUCGAAUAAGCUUUUCGGAUCCAUUAGUGAUAACAUUGUCAAUCUUACUAACCUUACAAUCCUGGAGAUCUACUUCAAUCAGCUGAGUGGAACACUUCCUUCCCACAUUGGGAAACUCUCCAAAUUGAAACUCAUGCUCCUUCAUUUCAACAACCUCCAAGGUUUUCUACCUCCUUCUUUGAUGAGUUGCACAAAUCUUGUGGAACUAAAUCUUGGAUUUAACCGCUUGGAAGGAAAUAUUUCGGCUCUUGAUUUUUCCAAACUUGGUCAACUUGCUAAACUUGAUUUUGCCAGUAAUCACUUCACCGGUGUCUUGCCAAUAAGCCUUUACUCAUGCAAGUCACUGGGAGCACUUCGACUGAGCUCAAACGAUCUAGAGGGACAAAUACAACCUGAGAUUCUUUCACUAGAGUCCUUGUCCUUCCUCUCGCUUUCAUGGAACAGACUGACCAAUGUCACAGGGGCAAUGAAGAUAUUGAUGGGUUUCAAAAGUCUCGGGGUAAUCAUCAUUUCACGGAAUUUUCUAGGUGAAGAACUGCCAGAUGGUGAUGCCAAUAUUGGUUUGGUGUUUAAAAAUCUCCGAGUUUUUGGUAUAGCUGACUGCCAACUUACCGGUCAAAUACCUAGAUGGUUGUCCAACCUCAAGAAACUAGAAGCUUUGGAUCUAUCUUCUAAUAGACUCACAGGAUCAAUACCUGGUUGGUUGGGGAAUCUUCCAAGUCUCUUUUUCAUAAGCUUGAAUAAUAACUCAUUUUCAGGUGAACUUCCAAAGGAACUUUCCAGAUUACAAGCAUUACAAUCACAAAAGGCUGCACCUCAUGGCCAUGGCUACUUUGAAUUGCCAAUCUACACUCAACGCACAAAUGCAUCCAUUACUGUCAUGCAGUACAACUAUCUUUCCAACUUGCCGCGAGCAAUUUACCUCAGGAACAACAGUCUAAGUGGCAGAAUACCAAUUGAGAUUGGUCAUUUGCAACUUCUUCAUGAGUUUGAUCUUAGUGUCAACAACUUGGUUGGAGACAUUCCCAACCAGAUGUCUAACCUCACAAACUUGGAGAGAUUAGACCUCUCAAGAAAUCACUUGUCAGGUGGAAUCCCAGCUUCACUAUCAAAUCUUAAUUUCUUGGCUUCAUUUAGUGUUGCAUACAAUAAUCUCCAAGGACAAAUACCAUCAGGCACUCAGCUCCAAGGCUUCAACGCCACUGCCUUUGAGGGGAACCCCGGACUUUGUGGCUUCCCACUUCCAAAUCAUUGUCAACAGACGAAUGGAAGUAGUAUUACUAAGAAUACUGAAGAUGGACAUGACAAUGGGCAUGAAAUUCAGUGGCUUCAUUUUUCUGUCGCAUUUGGUUUCAUUAUAGGGUUUUGGGGAGUUUGUGGCCCUUUAGUGUUGAGCAGAUCAUUGAGAUUUGCAUAUUUCCAGUUUUUAUCCAGUGUUAAAUCUCGCUUUUUCGGUUAGUGAAGUGUAUUAAUUUUCUCUGGGAAAAUAAAAAGGUUAAUAAAGUGAAUUAACUUUUCUGGG